CAUGGUUUCGCCCUCCUAGGAAAUAUAAAUUCGCCUCCGGUUGUGUUUAGUCCGGACUGGUUUAAACCGACAGAAAGCAGUCGGAGCUUCUGCUUCUGACCUGCGGGGAGAAACACAACCUUCACCCCGCACACAGUGAGAGUUUUCACACACCCAGCUGCAGACAUUCACUCAAAGUAUGUCCAUUUUCUGUGUGCUGAGGACUCGAUGCUUCCUCCGGCAGGUCUUCCCCGGCCUGCCCGCCGCCAUGCAGAGACACUACAGCCUAGAUGUGUCCGCUCCGCUGCUGCGGACGCAGGGCUACGUAGACGGGCGCUGGGUCUCCGCAGCCUCGGUGUUCCCUGUGCUGGACCCGGCCACCGGGGAGGAGAUAGCCCGGGUGUCAGACUGUGGUCCCGCUGAGGCCAAGCAGGCUGUGGACGCUGCGUACAAGGCGUUUCAUUCCUGGAAGCAAUACAGUGCUAAGGAGCGGAGCGUCCUGUUGAGGAAAUGGUUCGACCUGCUGAUGCUGCACAAAGAAGACCUGGCCAAACUGAUCACGUUCGAAUGUGGAAAGCCCAUGCAGGAGUCUCUCGGGGAGAUCGCGUACUCCGCCUCCUUCCUGGAGUGGUUUUCGGAGGAGGCUCGGCGAGUGUACGGCGACGUCGUCCCGUCACCCGCCAAAGACCGAAAGCUCCUCCUCCUCAAACAGCCUGUGGGCGUCUCCUCCAUCAUCACACCGUGGAACUUCCCCAGCGCGAUGAUCACCAGGAAGGCCGGCGCGGCUCUGGCUGCCGGCUGCACGGUGGUGGUGAAACCAGCAGAGGAUACGCCGCUGUCGGCGCUCGCCCUGGCUGAGCUGGCGGAGCAGGCGGGCAUCCCCGCGGGCGUGUUUAACGUAGUCCCGUGCUCCCGAGAGAGGACUCCGUCAGUCGGGGAGGUUCUCUGCACCGACCCACUGGUGGCCAAAAUCUCCUUCACUGGCUCCACCGCCACCGGCAAGGUGCUGCUGAAACUGGCUGCUGACACUGUGAAGAAGGCGUCCAUGGAGCUGGGAGGCCACGCCCCCUUCAUCGUGUUCGACAGCGCCGACGUCGACAGGGCGGUGGUCGGGGCCAUGGCGUCCAAGUUCAGGAACUCUGGACAGACGUGCGUGUGUUCCAACCGGUUCCUGGUGCAGAGCGGCAUUCAUGACCACUUCCUGGAGAAGCUGGGCCGAGCGAUGGACGCCGAGCUGCGCCUGGGUCACGGCGCGGAGCCCGGCACCACCCAGGGGCCGCUCAUCAACACCCGAGCUGCAGAGAAGGUGGUCCACCAGGUAUCGGACGCGGUGUCGAGGGGAGCGAAGGUGCUGCGGGGCGGGAAGCGUCUGGACGGCUCCUUCAUGGAGCCCACUCUGCUGGCCGGCGUCACCACGGACAUGAUCUGCACCCAGGAGGAAACCUUCGGCCCGCUGCUGCCCGUCAUCAGGUUUAACACUGAGGAAGAGGCUCUGGCGAUCGCCAACGCAUCUAACGUCGGCCUGGCAGGUUACUUCUACUCGCAGGAUGUGAGUCAGAUCUGGCGGGUGGCGGAGGCGUUGGAGGUGGGGCUGGUCGGAGUCAACGAGGGCCUGCUGUCCACCCCCGAGGCCACGUUCGGGGGGGUCAAACAGUCCGGUUUGGGCCGCGAAGGCUCCAAGUACGGCAUCGACGAGUACCUGGAGGUCAAGUACAUGUGCUUCGGAGGCCUCAAACCCUGAAACAUAACGGAGCGGCGCCGCAGGUCCUGACUGUGGUACUACGCACUAGUUUAACUGCAGUAAUCAUUAAAGGUCCUAACUGUAGAGCUUAGGUUGGAAUUGAUUUAAUUUAAUUUUCAAAAAGUUUCAGAAAUGUGGGUUUCUUUCCAACAAAUUUUCAAAUGAAAGUAACGUGGAUGGUUCCGUACAACGCUCUUCACAAGUAAAAUAACUGAUCAGUUCACUACUUUCAUUGAAUUUAGGUGUUUUAUUCAAUUUUAUUAAUUAAUGUCGGAAAAAAACUUCUUAAACGUGGGAGG